UCGUCCCUAUAGUUUCUCAUCAAUCAUGGCCAUGAAUGUUAUGUCAAGCAGCCACGCGCUCGUUGCCGUAGGCGACGUCGUGGCGCAGCGGGAGAGAGACCUUUUCGAAGAGCUCGUAAUGGCGCUCAAGGAAGGCCUUGGUCCAUCAUCUGGCCUGACGUCCGAGGAUGUCGACGUUGACUCCCUGAUGGAGAUGAUGCGAGCGUAUGACGGCAGCGACAUGCAAUGGUCCAAGUAUGCAUUCGGCGACGCCAGUAGAGGCUACACUCGUAACCUUGUUGACGAGGGCAAUGGGAAGAGCAAUCUGCUCGUACUUGUUUGGUCUCCAGGAAAAGGAAGCCCCAUCCACGACCACGGAAAUGCACACUGCCUCAUGAAGAUACUGCGCGGAGAUCUCACUGAGACCCGCUAUGCCUUCCCAAACAACGACGAGCCCGAGGGACAAAUGACUGUCAUCUCCGAAAAGACAUACAGAGAGAACCAAGUGACGUACAUGGCCGACGACCUUGGUCUCCAUAGAGUAUCCAACCGUGGUAGCGGCUUCGCUGUCUCCCUACACCUAUAUACUCCUCCCAACGUCGCUAAGAAGGGCUGUCACAUCUUUGACGAAAAGACUGGUCGGCGAAGCCAUGUGCCUGGUUGCACGUACUUUUCAGCCUAUGGCCGCGUGCUGAAAGAGUAGCUUCGCAACGUUUGCAUCGGGCAUGGCGAUAUGGCGUUUGGUAUUCCUCGUUUGUUCCCUAGAUUGAACCCUGUUGUUUAGUUUCUGGUUCUGGGUAUUCUUGUAUAGCAUCUGCUGCGUUCAUCCACAGCAGGUGGAGAGGCGGUCCUCAUCGACGGCAUCAGUGGAGAAGCAUAGCGUUCUUUGCACCAAAUGAAAGGUCUCGUUGCAUAGAAGCUCGCCUGCC